GAACAAUCGCCCGGUAGCCAUCGACUGGAAACGAACUACAAAUGGAAGGAUUGCAUUCGUAGCGCACGGUGAUAAAGACAGAGGUGAAAUCUCUGUUCGUUUGGCGCUAAAUAAGAGUAAACAUGUACCGAAGGUCUUUCCGGCGAUCGCCCGGUUCGGCUUCGGUGAGUAAGAGAAGACCAGGGUUAUCCGGAAAGAUGUUCUUCGUGGCCGGGGCCAAAAAUACAGCGUCGGUCGGAGGAAACGAAAGGAGGUCAAUUUAUCAGAAAUUCCGUGAGGUGGAUUUGCUGGAUAAGAAGAAGACGGUGACUGCUCUCAAGCCCGGUGAAGAUCGAGCGAUCCUCCUGGGGCUCGGAAUGAUCUUCUCCUCUGUCAUGAUGUACUUUGUACUCGGGAUCACGAUAUUACGCUCAUAUGCGGAAAGCGCGUGGACGGAGGAAGGCGUGUGCGUUGUUCUGAACUCCACGGUGACGUCGGACAUGAACUGUUCCUACAACUGCGGCUCCGACUGCUGGAGAGUCUCCAAGUACCCGUGUCUGCAGGUCUACGUCAACGUCAACAACACGGGCCGCGUCUGUCGGUUAUCUCACAACGAAGAGACGCAGGACGCCAGCUCGGAAUGUUUUUACGUGCCCAGGUGCCAGAAGGACAGCGGACAAAUGCACAGCGUGAUCAUGAACAUCUCGGAGCGCCUGAAGGCCCAGCGGCAGGUUCCCUGCUAUUACGAUCCCAGCGAGCAGCGCGAGACGGUUCUCCUGACCCGGCUCUACGACCACGGCGUGGUCUUCCACUCGCUGAUGUGGCCCUCGUGCAUCUUCCUGGGAGGCCUCCUGAUCAUCGUCUUGGUCAAGCUCACGCAGUACCUCUCCAGAUUGUGCGAAGAGAUCGGGAAGCUCAAGAGGUGAAUUGGGCGGACUCUCUCAAGAUCCAGGGACUCAACCAAUGUUCCCAAAAAGGAAAGCCAUUUUACACGGGCUCUUAAACUUUUAAGACCGUUUACCUCAUUUUCUGCCUCUAAUGUGAACUGUGUUGCAUGACUGAUCUAUGAUAUACCAAGAAGUGCCAAUACCAAGCGAGUGUAUAACAUAGAAAAGGAUGUUUUUUCAACAAGGGAACAGUUUCAUCGAUCGGCACCGUUCGAAUAUUGAAAUGACCGGAAUUUUCACGCGACGCAGGGAAUUUUUCAAAUGACCCCCUGUAAACGCCCAUUUUUCACUGAUUUUUGGAAGAAGAAAAAAAAAAUUUCAAAAUGUAUCUAGUCCUAGAAUUUUUGACCAAAUCACAUAAUUAAGACAUCAAAAAUUCCGGGACGGUAAGGGGCAUAAAAGCUGUAUACAGAAUUUGGAAAAAAUUUAUGGUUCCCAGGAAAGUUGGCAAAAACUUUCCCAUUCAUUUUUAAUGGGAUGCAAUGUUGGUUCAAAUUUCCCAUUCAUUUUCAAUGGCAUUUAUUUUGUUUAAUGCCAUUGACGGCCAUGUUUGUUGAUUCUAUUGAUGCCAAUGUACUUGGAUUCCAUUGACGCAAAUGUAAGUUGAUGCCAUUGACGACCAUGGACCACCAAAAUGGCAAAAACAUAUGCCCCCAAAUCAAUAGGAAAUGACCAGAUAUCAAUAGGACAAAUGUCCCCAAAUGACCUGAUAUGACAAGGAUACAUCCCACAAAUGUCCCCAAAUGACCUGAUAUGACCAGAACACGUCCCCCAAGACCUUAUAGGACCAAGCCACGCCCAAAAAUGACCUGUUAUGACCAGGCCACGCCCCCAAAAGUCCCCAAAUGACCUGAUAUGACCUGGCGACGCCCCCCAAAAGUCCCCAAAUGACCUGAUAUGACCAGGCCACGCCCCCAAAUGUCACCAAAUGACCUAAUAUGACCAGGCCACGCCCCCCAAAAGUCCCCAAAUGACCUGAUAUGAUCAGGCCACGACCCCUAAAAGUCCCCAAAUGACCUGAUAUGACCAGGCCACACCCCCAAAUGUCCCCAAAUGACCUGAUAUGACCAGGCCACGCCACCUAAAAGUCCCCAAAUGACCUGAUAUGACCAGGCCACGCCCCCCAAAUGACCUGAUAUGACCAGGCCACGCCAACCAAAUGUCCCCAAAUCAACAGGAAGUGACCUGAUAUUGUCCCCGAAAUGUCCCCAAACCAACCUGGGCGGGGCUAAGGUCUGUAUCUCAAAAUAGCAAAGACCCAGAGUAAUUUCUCCAGAAAUUGCAGUUUCUAGUCCUAAAUCAGGGGUCCCCAAACUACGGCCCGGGGGCCAGAUACGGCCCGCCUCCAAAUUUCGUCUGGCCCCCUGAACUUUUUUUUUUUUUUCCCAGUAGUGUUAUUUAUUUCCUGGCUUUUUUUUUUUUUUUAAUAACCCAGAGAGGGUUAUUUGGUUUGGUUAUUAUCUAUUUAAUUAAUAGUGUUAUUAUUAUAUUAUAUUAUAUUUUAUUAUAUUAUUAUUUUAUUUACUUUUGUUCCGUGAAGAAUCCAGAAAGGGUUAUUUGAUUGUGGCUUUCUGAAAAACAAUGAAUUUUUACUUUUAAAUUUAACUCUUAAAUUUUUAAUUUAGGACUCCUGCAAUCGUCACACUUUUUCUAUUGCAAACUGAACUGGCCCCUCAUCAGAGAAGGGAAAAGUUAUGUGGCCCUCACAGGAAAAAAAAGUUUGGGGACGCCUGUCCUAAAUAGUCAAUGCCAAUGAUACUUCAUUAAGAUCAUCAACUGAUGAAGAAAUGGCGUACUCUUCUGGCUCAUAAACUCCAGUGGGUCACUGCCUGUUGGUUUUGAGUUACUUCCUCUCCACUUUGGGUCAUUUCCUAUUGAUUUUGGGUCAUUUGCCGUUAAUUGCGGGGCAUUUACAGGUCAUUUCCUGUGGAUUUUCGGUCACUUCCUUUGUACUUUGGGUCAUUCCCGGGUCAUUUUCUAUUGAUUUUGGGUCACUUACCGUUAAUUGUGGGGUAUUUACGUGCCACUUCUUGUUGAUUUCGGGUCACUUCGUAUUAAUUUCGGGGCAUUUCCAGGUCACUUUGUGUUAAUUUUGAGUAACUUCCUCUUAAAGUAUUGUUUUAAUAAAAAAUUCUGACAUUUUUGUUGGUGUCAUUGGAAAGGGAGGCGUCGGAAAGUUACAGGGAAGUUUUUGUCAAAUUUUGGCGGAAGUGUACAUUUGAGCCAAAAACUGGCAGGUGACGUUUGUGUGCCCUGAUUUUGUGUAUUUUUUGAUGCAUGAAUUAUGUAAAUUGGACAAACUGUAGCAUUUAGAAAAUGUUUCAUGUUAUACAUUUUUUCCAUUAGCAAUGAAUGGGGCUUUUUUUGUCUAUAAAAAUAUAUAGUUCUUACUGUACGUGUCAUUUCCAAUGACAAUUUAAGAAAAUCGGACAAACAUAUAUAAUUUGGAAGACAUUGUACGUGCUUGCCACUUUUCCAGUGACCAAAACAAACAGGACUCACCACUUCUAUAACAUCAGAUUCCUACUUUCCACUUAUGUUUGAUUUAAAAAUCUAUGCAUUUUCUACGAGAACACAAUUCCUUUUUUGUAUGCUAGCU